AUGGUUACCUCUUCAAUCAUAUGCCUCAACACGACGAAAUUUGCAGCCAAGCAUUCUGUAUUACAGCAAGUAUACCAGGAUGUACUUUCUCCAGGUAUCGAGAGCGUUCUACGAGCCAGAUCAUUUGAGAACUUGUCUAAUCAAGACUCAAGGUUGGCUAAUUCUCAAGUAAAGCUGCUAAUUCAAAACUUUGACCACGAAGAAAUUCGACAUCUUUUUGGAUAUGGUUCUGGUGUUGUGGCCCAGGAAGGCUACUCUAGUCAAACUGCCCAAAUAGAUUUGAUGAUUAUUACUGAUGACACGAGAAAAUUUCAAAAGUUAAAUUUUGAAAGACAUCCUAGUCAUUACUCUAGCUUGAAGUAUUUUGGCUCUGAUAUCUUACAGGCAAUCCAGAACUUCGGCGCCGGUAUUUACUUCAACCCAUUUAUAACCAUGUCUAGUAGCGAUGGAAGCAAACAAAACGUCAAAUAUGGAAUCGUCUCUACCAAGAGGGCGCUUGAGGACCUUUGCGAAUGGUCAACAAUGUAUGUUGCUGGUAGACUACAAAAGCCUGUUCAGCAUCUCAAAAUUGAUGAGUUAUUAUUGAAGGCUAAUCAAUUUAAUCUUUCAAGCGCAUUUAAUGUUGGUCUUCUCCUUAUGAGCUCACAAAAAAAAACCGAGAAAGUCGCUCUUAGUGAUCUCUACCGAUCGAUUGCCUCAAUAUCUUACAUGGGAGACCCACGAAUGAUUAUUGGGGGAGAAAAUCCAAAUAAAGUGCAGAAUAUUGUCACUAGACAGCAGUCCAAAUUCAGAAAACUUUACAAUCCGUUUUUUCAGAAUAAUAUUAAACGAGGAAUAAUUGAUGAAUGCAACGACCAAGAAGUCAGAAUUCGACUAGAUGAGGCUGCUAGAUCCGAAAUGAUUUACUACUUGCCAAAACAAUUUAGGCAGCGACUAUUGAAUCAGUAUAUUGACAAGCGUUUCGACUCGUCAUCAAAUCAUAGCCUCGAAACUGACUCAAUAGAAUUCCAACAAAGUCUUGAAACUAUUUCAAGGGAUGAAAAUCUAGAAGAAGCUCUCAAAAUGGCAAUUCAGGCGACAGUCGCGAUACCGGCCUUCAAGCAAACAAUGAAAGGACUCCUCACUGCAGGUCUUUUUAAGUCUGCAAAAUAUGCUUGGGAGAAAAAAUUGAAAAGUUGGAAAAGGAGGUAA